AAUCAGAUUGCAUUUUGUUUUGAAUUUUCUGCUCAGUCUCUCGUUUACUCCCUGGAAAUUUUAGGGUUCUCCCUCAUCUCAUCCCGCAUUUUUAGUGUGUCCACUUCUUCCUCUCUCUCUCUCUCUCUCCAGUUUCAAAUUUAGUGUGUCCUCUUCUCUCUCUCUCUCUCUCUCUCCAGUUUCAGUGAUGGUGGAGAAUCAGGUCUCAGAGGAAUUUCUGUAGAAGACCCUUUCUUUUGUGUUUCUCUGUCUAGCCAUGGACGAAGUCGCCUGGUUUGCCGGCGUAGCCACCUGCAUCAAAAUCCUCUUAAUCCCCUCUUAUCGAAGCACUGACUUCGAGGUCCAUCGCCACUGGCUCGCUCUCACCCACUCUCUUCCUCUCUCUAACUGGUACUCAGAUCGAACCAGUCCUUGGACUCUCGAUUACCCCCCUUUAUUUGCUUUCUUCGAAUACUUUCUUUCUCUUCCCGCUAGCCUCAUUGAUCCCACCAUUGUUAACCUUACUCAAGGUCUGAAUUACUCAGCUGAUUCCGUAGUCCUCUUUCAACGCUUCUCUGUAAUUCUCUCUGAUUUUAUGCUAGUUUUUGCCAUUUACAGGCUCACAAAGGACCUCCCUUCUUCUCUGCGUGGUCUUGUGUGCAUUGCCAUCCUAUGGUCUCCCUCUCUCUUUAUUGUGGACCAUGUGCAUUUUCAGUAUAAUGGGUUUUUGUUGGGGAUUUUGAUGCUUUCUCUGUCGUUCUUAAGAGAGGGGAGGGAUUUUAUUGGGGGUCUCUUUUUCGCUGUUUUGUUAUGCUUCAAGCAUUUGUUUGCAGUUGCAGCGCCUGUCUAUUUUGUGUAUUUGCUGAGGCAUUAUUGUUGGGGAAAGUAUUGGAUAUGGAGAUUUUUGAUGUUGGGUUUGAUGUUGGUUUCAGUGUUGUCAGUGGCAUUUGGGCCAUUCAUUUACUAUGGUCAGAUGAAACAAGUCAUCCAACAAUUAUUUCCAUUUGACAGGGGUUUAUGCCAUGCGUAUUGGGCUCCCAAUUUUUGGACAUUAUACAUAAUUGCAGAUAAAGGUAUUGGUUUCAUUCUUAGAAGGCUUGGGUUGAACGUGCCAGCUCCCACAGCUUCAUUCACUGGUGGUUUGGUGGGGGCCUCACCACCAUUUGCUAUUCUCCCUAAGGUCACUCCUUUGGCAACCUUCUUGUUGGUCCUGCUUUCCCUGUCUCCAUGUCUUGUUAAAGCAUGGAAGCAGCCUAAGCCAGACCACAUAAUACGAUGGGUCUCAUAUGCCUACACCUGCGGAUUUCUAUUUGGUUGGCAUGUUCAUGAGAAAGCAUCCAUGCACUUUGUGAUUCCACUUGGUUUUGUUGCAGUAAGUAGCUUAGAAGAUGCUGCACACUACAACUUGCUGUCAGUAGUUUCCUGCUAUUCCCAGUUUCCUCUCCUAUUCGAAACCAAGGAAUACCCAGUAAAAGUGGUACUGCUAUUGCUGCACUCAUUUCUAAUGUGGUCAAGUUUUUCCUUGCAAUUCGGGAAAUAUGCAUCGGGGAAGAAGGCUAACGAUGCAAAAUCAGAACAGGGUUGUGGUGAGAGGAUCAGGCUUAUUGGGAAGAUGGGUAGAAUCUAUUUGUUGGGUUUGCUGGUCAUUGAAGUAUGGGGUCAGUUCUUGCACACUUACCUGUUGGGGGAUAAGUUGCCCUUCGUACCUCUUAUGUUAGUAUCAGUUUACUGUUCCUUUGGAAUGGUGUACAGUUGGGGUUUUCAGCUGAAAAUGAUACUCAGAUGUACCUGAACCAGGUCCAAUGCAUCACCAAAGAGUUCCAGUUGGCAGUUCCAAUGGCAAAGAGAUAGCAUUCAUGGAAAUAUAUUCUUCGUGUUUUUCUGAGUUCUUUUUUUUUCUCCGUAAGGUUUUAUUUUUAUUUGGAGGCCUCAGUAGUGCUUUCGAAAUUUGGUCCAAAUAUCAAUUUUCCAGAAAAAAAGUGAAUAAAUUAUUGGAUGGAUAUUAGUGAAUUCAUCAAAUGUCAAAGUUUUAAACACUUCUUGUGCUGA